ACGUGGUAAUGAUAGGGACAACCGCAAAUAUCGCGAUGAUCGAAAUGAUCGAAAGUACCCUGAAGGCCGCAACGAUCGUAAACAGCGUGGUGAUAGAUACCCUGAGGAUCGUGACAAUCGUAAAUAUCGUGAUGAUCGCGACAACCGCAAAUAUCGUGAUGAUGAUAGAUAUCCUGAAGACCGUGACGAUCGUAAACAGCGUUAUGAUAGAUACCAUGAGGAUCGCGACAACCGCAAAUACCGGGAUGAUCGCAGAUAUCCACAGGAGCGUGACAAUCGUAAGCAGCGCCAUGAUGAUAGAUAUCAAGAGGAUCGUGACAAUCGUAAAUAUCGUGAUGAUCGCGACAACCGCAAAUAUCGUGAUGAUGAUAGGUAUCCUGAAGAUCGUGACGAUCAUAGACAUCCACAAGGCCGAGACGGUCCUAAACAACAUGAUGAUAGAUAUCCUCAAGGCCGAGACGGUCCUAAACAACAUGAUGAUGAUAGAUAUCCUCAAGGCCGAGACGGUCCUAAACAACAUGAUGAUAGAUAUCCUCAAGGCCGAGACGGUCCUAAACAACGUGAUGAUGAUAGGUAUCCUGAAGACCGUGACGAUCGUAGAUAUCCUCAAGGCCGAGACGGUCCUAAACAACGUGAUGAUGAUAGGUAUCCUGAAGACCGUGACGAUCGUAGAUAUCCUCAAGGUCGAGACGGUCCUAAACAACGUGAUGAUGACAGAUAUGCACAAGGCCAAGAUGAUAGUAAAUAUCAAUAUGAUCGAAGUGGUCAAAAGAGUAAAAAAUAUCGUGAUGAAGAUUAUGAAGGUGAUGAUGAAAAAUAUAGUGAUCAUCGAGAUGACAAAUAUAGAAAACCUUCAAAUUAUAAACAACCUGCAUUCGAUAAUAGAGGAGAUAGGUCACCAAGCAAAUAUCCUUCCCAGGAUUAUCCGCCCAAACCAUCGAAUGAUAAAUACGGAAAUGUUAACAAAGAUGGAAAACCAUAUGAUCCAUUGAAUGACGAUGAUGAUUUUGAAGAGGAUUAUAGACGAUAUGAUAAAUCAAAACGUCAUGAUCCUAAUAAUAAAAAAUCUGGACAACCCCAGUUUGAUCAACAACCUGGUCGACCUGGACAACCUGGACAACCUGGACAACCUGGGCGACCUGGACAACCCCAAUUUGGUCAACAACCUGGACGCCCUGGACAACCCCAAUUUGGUCAACAACCUGGUCGACCUGGACAACCUGGACGACCUGGACAACCUGGACGACCUGGACAACCUCAAGUUG